AUGGAGAAGCUGCGGCGGGUCCUGAGCGGCCAGGACGACGAGGAGCAGGGCCUGACCGCGCAGGUCCUGGACGCCUCCUCCCUGAGCUUCAGCACCAGGCUCAGGUGGUUUGCCAUCUGCUUCGUGAGCGGCAUCUUCUUCUCCAUCCUGGGCACGGGGCUGCUGUGGCUGCCGGGCGGCAUCAAGCUCUUCGCCGUCUUCUACACGUUUGGGAACAUCGCCGCCCUGGCCAGCACGUGCUUCCUGAUGGGGCCCUUCAAGCAGCUGAAGAAGAUGUUCGAGCCCACGCGGCUGCUGGCCACCGUCAUCAUGCUGGUGUGCUUCGUGCUCACCCUGUGUGCUGCUCUGUGGUGGCACCAGAAGGGGCUGGCCCUGCUCUUCUGCAUCCUGCAGUUCCUGUCCAUGACCUGGUACAGCCUGUCGUACAUCCCGUAUGCAAGGGACGCCGUCAUGAAGUGCUGCUCGUCCCUCCUGGGCUGA